AUGGUCACUGAAACUGCAAAAGACAAUCCGAAGGCCGAUUAUUUCCCACCCGAAGCGAGCGAUUGCCCCAACUCCCCCCUCUCCUUUUCCUCCGAAGACGGCCAGCUAAGCAGGAGCCGCGACACCCAGACCACCAGCGGCAGCAUCAUCCCGGAGGACAGCGGCAGCAUCCAGGCCCUGGUCACCUCAUCCGCAGCCGCCGCCAGCAUCAUGACAUCAGGGGAGUUCGUGCAGACCGCUCCCCUGCUGGCGCACAAAUCCAAGAGGAGCAUGCUGUACAAGGCGCUGUGCUUCCUCCUCCUCAUCUUCCAGGGCGGCGUUCUGGAUUUCUACCUCAUCAUCUUCACGGACCUGUACUGGUGCUCGUGGAUAGCCACGGACCUCGUGGUGAUUUCGGGCUGGGGGAUUUUCUUCAUGAAGAACGCCCGGAGUAAGAGGGAGCGGGCCUGCGGCUUUCACCAGAAAAGCUCCAUUUUCGGCUGCAACCUCGGAGAGUUCACCUACGCCUACCUUGCAUGGCUCAUCUACGUCAUCGCCUGCACCCCUAAGGUGGUGCUCAUCCUGGAGACCUCCAUCCUGGAGCUGAUCACGUUAAAGGUCCCGUUCGGAGCGACCGGCUUCAAAAUCGUCAUGCUGCUGUCUGCGCCGCUGCUCUUCUGCCUCAUCAACUCCAUCAUCGAGGACCUGAACGGUUCGACGCGGCACCACUCCCAGAGCUGCUUCAUGGGCACCUGUCUGGACCUGCUGGACAGCUUCACGCUGGUGGAGAUGCUGCUAAGGAACGAGAUCCCCACGCUUUACCUGAAGUACACCGUGAUCUCGGUGUACUUUGUGGCCCUGGCCGUGCCGGUGGUCUGGCUGUAUGAGCUCACGGCGUCCGAGCUGCGCUGCAGGUGGCUGUGGGCCCGUUUCUCCACGGGCCUGGUGGUUAAUGCGCCCCUGCUGGUGGUCAGGUGUUUCCAGGUCUACAUCUACAAGAUGCCGGUGUCGGUGUUCAUGUUCAAAAACAUCUUCUUUUUGGCCUGUAAGCUGCUGGAGCUGCUGGAGCAGUGUGUGGCGUUCCGUGGAGUCCGCAGGCUGGCUGGCGGCAGCAACCCGGCCCAGUUCUCCCACUGCGUGUCCGAGAACGACAUGUGUCCGCACGGGUAUGUCAAUACUCUGGCUGUGGCUCAGUCCUAGAGCCGUGGCGGCCGUCUCUGCCUGUGACGGCAGGACAGACAUAGCUGGAACCUGGAAAAUCCCAAAUACAACCGAGUCUCUGCCUCGGGGUGCUGGCUUUUGGAUUCACGUCCACACGACAAGCAAAGCAGCAGGAAAAGCCGAGG